GUAUACAAUAAAUGUUUUUAAAGAUAAUAAAAUUAAUGAAUAAUAAUAAUAAUACGAGGAACAUAUUCCCUUUACACCGGAGGUGAAAUUUCGUUAACACCGAUGUCAACCUUCACCUUCGUCUUUAUGUUGGUGAGACAAAAACCGCAUGGAGUACCCCCCUGCAAGAAAGUUUGAUUAUGGAGACAGAAAGUGCGGAAGCGGUAAAAUGUUUAUCGGAACAGACUGCGACAGAUACGGCGCUGUGUUCUCAGACUGCAAGGGAAAAGGCCUAAUGAAACAGCACGUCCUGAAAACCAUUAAGAUUCCCGGUCUCCACCAGUGCAAGAAGGAGUGCAGUGCCUUGCGGAGUUGUCGCUCGAUCCUGGUGGAGUACGGAGUGCCCGCCAGGUGUCACCUUCUGGCCGUUGGCAGGCUUGAUGUAGAUGAACGAUAUCACCGUACACGUCACUGGUGAAAUGGUCUACACAUAUCGUCACAGAGACUGCCAGUAGACUACCGAGCUACUCUCGGCAAACUAAGUUCCAAAACAUAAUAUUAUAUAGCUCCCCCUUUCCAAUUCGUCGGAUCGGUCAAAAAUUCGCCACAUUUCCUUCAUUCAAAUUGCGCACCUUUUCCCCCUUUGGCAUUAAUCCUACAGGACAUUCCAUAACACCAAAACAACCACACACCUCGUUUCGCCUGUUACCAACCCUGGUCGAGCUGCUAGUGCUCUCUUGCACCUGCUACCCACCCCAAACUCUUUUCCUGUCCUGGACGGAGGAGCCCAUGACGGGCGUGCGCUAAACCAGCUUGCUCUGAAUGUGCACGUUGAACCCUAUGACCUAACCUGACCUGUAUUGCCAGUAGGCCCCCACCCGCUACCGACCCCGGUCGAGCUGCUGGUGCUCUCUUGCAACUGCCAGUGCGGGCGGUCACUCCUCCCACCCACCCCAAACCCUGUUUCUGUCCUGCACGGAGGAUCCAGCUUAGGACAUGCACUACAACAGCUUGCUCUGAAUGUGCACGUUGAACCCUAUGACCUGACUUGACCUGACCUGACCUGUCAGUAGAACGACGGCUCCCAAUAGCCAAGAUUCCAGCAAGAGCUAUAAUUCGGCCAAUUAAAUCAAAGUUACUCAAAUAGCUCCUAACUCUAACAUUAACCCUAACUCAAAUCCACUCAAAUAGCUCUUAACACUAACACUAACCCUAACCCUAACUCUAACCCUAAUCCUAAAUCAAAACCACUCAAAUAGCUCAUAACCCUAACCCUAACCCUAAAUAAAAACCACUCAAAUAGCGCCUAACCCUAACCC